CUUGGCUUUAGGGAGAUAGGACAGUGACAGCAGAACACACUUGAACCACCGAUGUCUUAAGUUCUGAAGAAGAACAGACCACCUGGCAAGCGUGAAGAAUGUUUUCUGGUGCCGUUACGUCCGAUUUAUGGAGAGAUAAUCCCGGACAGGAAGUUUAAACACACUGACUGAGUGUGUUUCUUCACAGAAUUUCAGGAAGUGUGUUUUUCUCACAGACAGCUACACACGUCUACAUAAAACAACAUGAUGGUCUUUGACUGGAUGUUAAGGAGAUCCACAUUUCUUCUGCUGUGUCUUGGAUUCUUUCUUCUCUCAACAACGACUGGAGAUCCUUCCUACAAACUAGGAAGACAACUUCUGACAGUGACUGUUGACACCUCAACAGUACCUACCGGUACCACUACUGGUACUACCUCCAAAAAUGGUGGUACUAGAGUUGUAGGUACUUCUUCCCAAGGUACUGUGGGUAUUUCUUCCCGGCAAAACAAAGGUACCACUGCAAGUACCAUUGGAGGAACGUCAUCAGUACUUAGCGAUGGUACUAUGACUAUGAUGGUUAACUCUGUGAAAAACACUUCGCCGAUGACGACAAUGAAAGCGACCGAAAAGAGCUCCGUGAUGACAGCGCCUACUCAAACAACGAGCACAGUCACUACGGCUGGUGCCACAAGAGAAAACACGUCUCAGAAACUCAGCACAUUCUCUCCCUCAACCGUGGCCACUACUGAGCAGAAACGGAGCACGCCCCUACCAAACACAACAGCAGAAACGUCAGGAACAACUCCACCGACAAUGUCUCCAUCACAAACCGAUCCGAUAGCCGAUACAACAACAAGCAUCACCAUAGAAGCUUCACAGUCUACCGCAUGCGAGACAUGUAACCAAACAAUUUCUACCUACCCUCAAAACGCUACAAAUCCCAGAGAUGCACAAGUCAACCAGACCUCCAGCACAACAGAUACAACUUACAGCAUGCUCAAUUCGAUCACAACCACUCCUGUUAAUGUGACAGGCCAGGGCUCGUCUUCUGUCCUAAACCCUGAACAAGUGAAGGGUCUGAUCAUGAUCUGUACGACCAUAGGUGUCCUCACCAUUCUCUCGAUUGUGUCCUACUCCCUCAAAGUCUGCUGGUGGGACAAACGACCACCAAAGGUGGACAAGGGGAGGAAAGUCUACGAAGUUCCCCCCACGGCUCCUAGAAAAGUACCAAAGCGGAAGAAAUCCCUUCCAAGGGAUCCCAGGAGAGGCGGUAGAAGACGUGAUGAUCUAGAGUCUGCUGAACCGUACCAGUCGUUUGACUACGAUAAGUACGACCACGCGUACAUCCAGCCCGUGGACCACCACCCGUCCGGUCGGUACGUGUACGCGUACGGCGGAUCCUCCAAGUCUUCCCUGGGGUCAAUGCCAGAGGAACCUGAGGAUGUGUAUCUUGAAAUGCACCGGUGAAACUCAUUUUGUGUUAUGCAAGAGCCCGGUUGCAUUUGUCUUACAAUAGAUUACUGUGAAGUGUACGUAAUUCCUCAUUUUUCCAUGGUACUUUAAAUUUUAGGCCACACCAAUUUUAUUUCUUGAUUAAAUAAAGG